AUGACAUACUAUUAUUCAAGAUCACCUGAAUUGGCAAUCCCAACAAAUAUCUCUGUCACUCAAUUUGUAAUUGAACAGAUGCGUAAAAAUGGUCUAUCGAGCAAAGUAUUGAUAGAUCCAACUCAAAACAAAGAAUAUACAGGUGCUGAAAUGAUUUAUUAUAUUGAAAGAGUAGCAAAAGGGUUAUCAAUGUUGGGAGUUAAAAAAGGAGAUAGAGUUGGAGUUAUUUUACCAAAUGUACCAGAAUAUUUUAUUAUAUUCCAUGGUAUCUUGAUUAUUGGUGCCAUUGCAACCACUGUUUCACCAGAUUACAACAUGGAAGAAGUUAAAAAAACAAUUGGUAUGGUUGAUCCAGUCGUUGUUAUCUCUACUCACGAAGCACUCCAAAAGAUUGGUAACCUUAAAAAAGAAAUACCAUCCAUUAAAAAUAUUGUCACUAUUGGUGAUGAAUCUGAUUCAAAUACAAUUUCCAUUUCAAAAUUAAUUGAUAAUGAUGGAAGUUAUCCAAAAGUUAAAAUUAAUGGACUUGAAGAUGUUGCAGUAUUACCAUUUUCAAGUGGAACUACAGGACUUCCAAAAGGUGUUGAAUUGACACAUUCCAAUUUAAUAGCCAAUGCAAUGCAAGUACAAAAUGCCGAAUUCCAAUUCUAUUUGGCCACCAAAGACGCUGUAAUGAGUGUAUUGCCAAUGUACCAUAUCUAUGGUAUGGUCUUUUUCCUCAUUGUGUGUCCGUCGGCUGGAUUAAAGUUUGUGUCAUUGCCAAAAUUCAAUGUUGACGAGUUUCUCAGAUGCAUUCAAGAUUUUAAAUUGACCGUUAGUUUUAUUGCACCUCCAGUUGCCGUGUUGCUGGCCAAGCAUCCAGCAGUUGCAAAAUACGAUCUCAGUUCGCUGCGCAUGUUGUUUAGUGGUGCAGCUCCACUAUCAUCAACCAUUGAAAAUGCAAUCAGAGAGAGAUUCAAAGGAAAGGUCACUAUGAAACAAGGAUAUGGAUUGACAGAAGCAUCACCAACCAUCUUCCUCACUGUAUUCAAUAUGACCAAGACUGGAUCAGUUGGUACUCUACUUCCCAAUCAAGUCAUCAAGAUCAUCGAUACGACUGAUCCAACCAAAUUGUUGGGUAUAGGUGAAGCCGGUGAACUCUGUGUCAAGGGUCCAAAUGUCAUGAAGGGUUAUUACAAGAAUCCAAAAGCUACUGCCGAAGUAAUCGACCAAGAUGGCUUUCUACAUACAGGCGAUGUUGGAUAUAUUGAUGAAGAUGGAUAUUGUUUCAUUACAGACCGUUUCAAGGAAUUGAUUAAGUAUAAGGGGUUCCAAGUCCCACCUGCCGAACUUGAAGGUACACUCCUUCAACAUCCACUCAUUAUAGAUUGUGCUGUUAUUGGUGUACCCGAUGAGACUUGUGGUGAAUUACCACGAGCCUAUGUAGUCAUCAAACCAAAUUCACAAAUCUCCCCAUCUGAAAUUCAACAAUGGCUCGAACCAAAGGUUGCCCAUUACAAACGACUUCGUGGUGGUGUUGUAUUAAUCGAUGUAAUUCCAAAAUCUGCUGCCGGUAAAAUCCUUAGAAAAGAUUUAAAAUCAAAAUUCCUUUCAUCUAAAUUAUAA